AUGAAAUGUCUGCUGGCCUUUGCAAUGCUCUACGGGAUAGCCCUGCUACAAGCACGCAAAGCAGCACGUCGAGACCCCACAUCGCUCUUUUUCGAUCCUGAUCUUGGCUUUGAGCGUCUCUACACCGCUCAGCGGGAAGCGGAGGCUCAUGCAUUUAUCGACAAAUGGAAUGCCAUGCGCCCAUAUGAGGCGAAAAGCGCCAAUCAGAGCAUAUGCAUUGGCAUUCCAACAGCUCAACGAGCUAACGCAUCUUACUUCGAGACGACCGUCGGAUCGAUCUUGGCGGGUUUAUCUCCAGAGGAGCGUAGUGAGCUUUACGUCUUGCCAUUCAUAGCUCAUCUUGAUCCUCAGAAACAUCCAGCCUACCAGACUUCCUGGCUUCACGGCGCUACUGAUGAUGUUCUCAUCUACAAUCUUGAAAGGAAGGAACGCAACUAUGUAGCUCACCUCGAGAAAUCCGAGAAGAAUCAUCACAAGAAGUCUCUCAUCGAUUACAAAUACAUCCUCAAUGCCUGCCACGAGGUUGGAACGCCAUUUAUCUUGAUCGUAGAGGAUGACGUGCUUGCGGCUGCCGGAUGGUAUGCACAUCUGAAAGCUGCUCUGAUAACAAAAGUCCGUCGAUCCACCACAGAAAGCUCUCUAUAUCUUCGCCUUUUCUACACCGAGAAGAAUUUUGGCUGGAACAAAGAGCAUUGGCUCAGCUACCUUGUCUACUCAACCGUUGUCGAGGGCCUUGUCGCAGGCUUGCUAGUUGGGCUCCGUCGUCGCUCACGCACACGUCGCCUUCUCACACCUACCUUCUGUAUCGCAAUCCUCAUUCUAUGCAUCCCACUCCUCAUCCUCCUGUUCUUCGCCACUGGCCGCCUCACGCUUUUCCCUCUCUCGCAUGGCUUACAACCAAUGGAUAAAUACGGCUGCUGCUCACAAGCCCUCCUCUAUCCACGCGAUCAAGUCCCUGGUCUAAUCGACCGUUUCGAACAAGAGCUCUCUGGCAUCAAGCUGCGAAAAGCUGUCGACGCACUGAUCGAGACCUACGCCGAUGAAAUGGGGUUGAAACGUUGGGCAGCAAUACCCAGUCCCUUCCAGCAUAUCGGUACUCGAAGUGGGAAGCAGAUCAAAGUUGAGAAGUCAACGAAAUGGGGAAGAACAAGCGCGGAGAGGAUCUGGAAUCUUGAAUUUGAAAGCUGGGUGUCACCUGCAUACAAGAAGCCGCUUCUCCGCUGA